GCUUCCUCUGAAUCUCUUUGCCACUCGGAAAUAGUACUUCCCUCAUGAUACCAUCUCUCCCUCUUUAAAGCCUUCUCGCUUUGUUUUUUCUUUCAUUUCACUCUCCAGAUCUCCCUCUUCAGCCCAAGCAGGAAAUGGGUGUCAUAUCCAGAAAGAUAUUCCCAGCAUGUGGGAGCAUGUGCGUAUGUUGCCCUGCUUUGAGGUCCAGCUCUCGAAAACCGGUCAAGCGCUACAAAAAACUGCUUGCGGAAAUUUUCCCUAAAUCUCUUGAUGGCCCUCCAAGUGAAAGGAAAAUUGUUAAGCUAUGUGAAUAUGCUUCUAGAAACCCCGUUCGGAUCCCAAAGAUCGCAAAAUAUCUCGAAGAAAGGUGCUACAAGGAGCUAAGAUGUGAGCACAUCAAGUUCAUUAAUAUUGUUACAGACACUUAUAGCAAGUUACUUUGUCUGUGCAAGGAGCAGAUGGCUUACUUUGCUGUUAGUUUAUUGAAUGUAAUUAAUGAACUUCUGGACAACUCCAAGCAAGAUGCUGUGCGAAUUCUUGGAUGCCAAACUCUUACAAGGUUCAUCUAUAGUCAGGCAGAUGGAACUUACACACACAACAUUGAGAGUUUCGUACAUAAAGUAUGCCUGCUGGCCCGUGAAAGAGGUGGCGACCAUCAAAGGCACAGCUUGAGGGCAUCAAGCUUGCAGUGUCUUUCUGCCAUGGUGUGGUUCAUGGCAGAAUUCUCUAAUAUUUUUGUUGAUUUUGAUGAGAUUGUACAUGUCAUCUUAGAUAACUAUGAGCCAGAUACCCAUGGCGAAGAAGAUGAUGAGAGAGCAGAAUCACGUCGUAAUUGGGUGGAUGAAGUAGUUCGAAGUGAAGGCAGAAUUGGUGCAAUUGUUGGUAGUGAUACCAGCCCUUGCAACAUCAUUAGGGCACGACCAGAGAUUAAGGAUCCUUCUCUUUUAUUGAGAGAAGAAAUAGAGAUGCCAAAGGUAUGGGCUCAGAUUUGUAUUCAGAGAAUGGUUGAGUUAUCCAAGGAGAGCACAACAAUGCGCCGAGUAUUGGACCCAAUGUUCGUCUACUUUGACUCUGGCCGUCACUGGGUUUCUGGGCAGGGGCUGGCCAUGGUGGUUUUGUCGGAUAUGUCCUACUUCAUGGAGAACUCUGCGAACCAGCAGUUGAUUUUAACUUAUGUGAUCCGACAUCUUGACCACAAAAACAUUUCUCAUGAUCCUGAACUCAAAUCUUAUGCGGUCCAAGUCGCUACUGCUUUAGCUAGGCAAAUCAGAUCGGGAGCAAUGCUGGCAGAAAUUGGGUUUGUCUCUGAUCUUUGUAGGCAUCUAAGGAAGAGCCUUCAAGCCACUCUUCAGCCUGUUGGAGAGCAAGAGUCCAACUUGAAUGUCAUGCUCCAGAAUUCCAUUGAAGAUUGCUUACUUGAAAUUGCAAAAAAGAUUGGCAAUGCACAGCCACUAUUUGACCUGAUGGCUAUAACUUUGGAGAAGCUGCCAUCAGCAGGAACAGUUGCUAGGUCGACCAUUGGAUCGUUGAUACUUCUCGCGCAUUCAAUCUCAUUGGCCUUGGUUUCUUCACGUACACAACAGGUAUUUCCGGAAUCUCUUCUUGUCCAACUUUUAAAGGUGAUGUUACAUCCGGAUAUUGAAGUGCGUGUAGGAGCACACCAAAUAUUUUCUAUUCUUCUUGUUCCAAGUUCUAAUCGUCCAUGGCAUGAAGUUGCUUCUCUGCGAUCUGGCUUUCUAUACCAAUCAAGAAGAUGGCACUCUAGUACUGCAUCUGCGUUUGCUUCAAUUACGGCUAGACUUGAAAAGCUCCGUAGGGAGAAGGAUGGUGCCAAAGCCGAUAAGCACGGGAAUAACAUUCAUGAGGAUUCUGAAGAGAGGGACAGUGUGGACGAAGUCUGCAAGCAGGGACGUGGCUGCAAGAAUUCCCCUAACUUUUACAAGAUUAGUUCCAUCAUUGACAGAAAAGCCAGUUCAAUUGGUUUUAAUGAGGCGGAACCUUUUGUCAUGAGGCUUAGUGAGGAUCAAUUAGCACACUUGCUGUCUGCUUUUUGGAUACAAGCCACUCUUUCAGAUAAUCUUCCUGCAAAUAUUGAAGCCAUAUCGCAUUCUUUCAUUUUAACAAUUAUUUCAUCACGAUUAAAGAAUCCAAAUGACCACCUUGUGGUCCAAUUAUUUCAGCUUCUUCUGUCUCUCAGGAAUGCAUCUCUCGAUCCUAACAAUGGGAUGUUGCCUCCAGCAUGCCAGAGAUCUGUUCUUGUUCUAUCAAUGGGCGUGUUGAUGUUUGCAGCUAAAAUCUAUCACAUUACUGAUCUGAAUGAUUUUCUCAAGUCACUAAUUCCACAUGAUGUUGAUCCCUAUCUUGGCUUUAGUGACGAUCUUCAAGUAUAUGUAAAGCCUGAUGCGGAUCUAAGAGAAUGUGGAUCUGCUGCUGAUAAUCGGCUGGCUACAUCAAUUCUAAUUGAGUUGCGGGACAAAAUCUACGAGUCGGAGAAUGUUGUAAUAGAUAUCUUAGUUCAGAAUCUGACGAAGAUUACUAAGCUGGAGGCAGGAGAUGUUUUAAAGCAACUUUCAGAACCCUUUACAGCUGACGAUGCAUUCACAUUCGGCCCUCGAUCAGCACUGGACCUUGAUCAUGAUCAGAUGGUUGCUCACUCCAAGGAAUCCUUGUCCUUUGAUGCGGAUCUUCCAACAAAUUCAUUGGUUGAGGAUGAUGCAACAAGUGAGCCAUCAGUUGCGGACGUCUCUCGCUUCAUUCCCAGAAUGACUUCAUCUUCAUCUGGGUCCCAUAUUAUCAGCAUUGGGCAGCUUUUGGAAUCAGCACUUGAGGUUGCCGGGCAUGUAGCGGGAUCAUCUGUCUCCACAUCACCGCUCCCAUACAAUGCCAUGACAAGCCAAUGCGAAGCCCUCGGAACAGGCACGAGAAAGAAGCUCUCCAAUUGGUUGGCCCAUGAAAAUCAUGGCAACAAAGCUGCUGACAAAUUCUUUUCAGCAUUUCCUGCAGAUGUCCGCAAAACCCUACAUAAGAUAACAAGUGAAGGCGGGCCUGCUCAGGGAGCGGUGUUUGUGCAGGAUCCAUGGUUAUCGAUGAGGUUGCCACCUGCUAGUCCCUUUGACAACUUCCUCAAGGCGGCCGGGUGUUAGAAGACUCAACACUUUGUGAAGUGUUUUACUAAUAAUUUUAUACACAUUUUACCAUGCACCUAACACUUAUAUGCUUCUGGCUAUAACAAUUUAUUACUCAACAAAAUUUUCAACAACACAACAAUGUCAAACUGACCCUAA